AUGGUUCGAAAACUGAAAACUCAUGAGCAGAAGCUCCUCAAAAAGACUGACUUCAUGUCGUGGCAAGUGGAUCAACAAGGCCGUCAGGGAGAUAUGCUAAAAAAAUUUCACGUGACAAAGCGCGAACACUAUGCUCUAUACAACACACUGGCUACAAAGAGUCGUGAACUAGCCGAGCUAAUCAAAAAUCUCCCUUACUCGGAUCCAUUUAGAGACAAGUGUACGGAUGACGUGUUGACAAAGUUCUACGCAGCUGGACUCGUGCCAACUGGAGAUACUCUGGAAAGAGUUGGAAGAGUCACUGGAGCUUCAUUCGCUCGUCGUCGUCUUCCAGUUGUAAUGCGAAAUAUCGGAAUGGUUGAAUCAGUGAAAACGGCAUCAGACCUUGUUGAACAAGGUCAUGUUCGAAUUGGAACAAAACUCGUCACUGAUCCAGCAUUCAUGGUGACGCGUGCUUCAGAAGACAUGAUUACGUGGACAAAUGCAUCGAAAAUCAAGCGACAUGUUAUGGAUUACAACAAUACAAGAGACGAUUUCGAUCUUAUGGACUAA